CAGCCCGGCGAUGCGAUCCGCGCUCCGCUGAGCGCCGAGAGACCCUCUAAAAAUACAGCAACUGCAGAACCAAAUUCGUCUGGAGCAAGAAAGUGGCCAGCGGUAUCAUCACCAUCAGCAACCCGAUCACCAUCCGCACCCUCCCUCUUCUCCUUCCUUUCCUCCUCCCCCCUCCUUCCAGGAGCUUGAAGCCAACCAGUGUCUCACUUCUGUGCCAAUGAGUAUUCUCAACUCUCAUACUUCUCCCACCAUGCAGUCUUCCAGCUCCUUCAACUAUGCUCGGCCCAAGCAGUUCAUUGCUGCUCAGAACAUCAGCCCUGCUUCAGGUUAUGUGACUCCUUCCUCAGGAUCGUCUACAUCCAGCCUUCCCUCUCCUAUGUCUCCUACUGCUUCUCAGAAACAGUUUGGGAGAGCGCCUGUCCCGCCUUUCUCCCAGCAGUUUGCUCCAGAAGGGGAGUACCCAUGGUCUCCUUCUUCUCCAUCUCCACCCCCACCACCUCCACCUGUCUUUAGUCCAACCACAGCAUAUCCUGUGUGUGAUUCCUUUCCACUGCCACCACCUCCACCCCCUCCUCUUCCUUCAGUUCCUUCCCCUUCCCACAGCAUGUCUCCAACUCCUAGAUUUUCUAAUUCCGGCCAAUCUCCAGCUGCUUUUCUCAGCUCCAUGCUGCCAUCCCAGCCACCACCUAUUUCUGUCAAUGCACUAGGGCUCCCCAAAGGAGUGACACCUCCGGGGUUUCCCAAGAAAACAGGCAGAACUGCCAGGAUAGCAUCAGAUGAAGAGAUUCAAGGGUCAAAAGAUGCUGUAAUUCAGGAUCUGGAAAGAAAGCUUCGUUUCAAAGAAGACCUUUUGAACAAUGGGCAACCGAAGUUGACGUAUGAGGAAAAAAUGGCUCGCCGGCUGCUGGGCGCCGACAGCGCCGCGACCGUCUUCAGUAUCCAAGAACCGGAAGAGGAGCCGGCCUUACAGGAAGUUCGCUCUAUUGAUGCUUCUGUAGUGAGGCCUGUGGAUAUUCAAAAGGAGUAUAAGGUCUCCAGCUUUGAGCAAAGACUGAUCAGUGAAAUUGAAUACAGGCUGGAGAGAUCUCCUGUGGAGGAAUCAGAUGAUGAAGUGCAACAUGGAGAUGAUCCUUUUGAUAACAACGUGUCACCAUAUUUUGAGAUCAAGCUGAAGCAUUACAAAAUCUUUGAGGGAAUGCCAGUCACAUUUACAUGCAAGGUGGCAGGAAAUCCAAAGCCAAAGAUUUAUUGGUUUAAAGACGGGAAGCAAAUUUCGAAACGGAGCGAUCACUACCAAAUUCAGAGAGGACCUGACGGAACUUGCUCGCUGCAUACGGCAGCCUCCACCCUGGACGAUGACGGGAACUACACGAUUAUGGCAGCCAACCCGCAGGGCAGAGCGAGCUGCACUGGACGCCUUAUGGUUCAGGCUGUGAAUCAAAGAGGCCGUAGUCCCCGGACACCUCCUGGUCAGCCUCAUUUUAGAAGACCACGAUCUCGCUCAAGGGACAGUGGUGAUGAAAAUGAACCAAUUCAGGAACGAUUCUUCCGGCCUCAUUUCCUGCAGGCUCCUGGAGACCUGACCGUGCAAGAAGGCAAACUCUGCCGAAUGGACUGCAAGGUGAGCGGCUUGCCGACACCCGACCUGAGCUGGCAGCUCAACGGGCGGCCCAUCCGGCCCGACAGCGCCCACCGCAUGCUGGUGCGCGAGAACGGCGUCCACUCGCUCAUCAUCGAGCCCGUCAGCACCCGCGACGCCGGCAUCUACACGUGCGUCGCCAGCAACCGCGCCGGGGAGAACACCUUCAGCCUGGAGCUCGUCGUCGCAGCCAAGGAAGUGCACAAAGCCCCUGUGUUCAUAGAGAAGCUGCAAAACACGGGCGUGGCGGAGGGAUUCCCCGUGCGACUGGAGUGCCGCAUCUCCGGCGAGCCGGAGCCUCAGAUAUUUUGGAAGAAAGAGAAUGAGUCACUCACAUACAACACUGACCGAGUGAGCAUGCACCAGGAUAAYUACGGCUACAUCUGCCUGCUUAUUCAGGGAGCUACGAAAGAGGACGCGGGCUGGUACACCGUGUCGGCCAAGAACGAGGCCGGCAUCGUGUCCUGCACCGCCAGGCUGGAUGUGCACACUCAGUGGCAGCAACCGCCCCAGACCACUAAGCCAAAGAAGGUGCGGCCCUCGGCCAGUCGGUACGCGGCCCUUUCUGACCAAGGACUAGACAUCAAAGCAGCUUUCCAGCCCGAAGCCAACCCYGUCCACCUGACGAUGCCCUCGGGCCUCGUCGAAAGCGAUGAUCUGUAGACCCGCGCUGCCGCCUCCGUCUUUCUUUGACAGCAGAAACACUGAAAGCCAUUGCCUUGACCAAUGAUACUCUAUGUCACUUUAUGCAAAGGCAGACACCUUCAAGUACAAAAGGUAAACAACAACCACAGCAACCAUAUAUUCCUUAUUCAUUAUGCCAAAUUAGAAGAAUAGAUAGAUAAUUAAUAGAGAUGUACACAUUGCACAACAAAUCACCUUCACCAGUUCCUAUUAUACCUAAGUUGCUUCAGCUCUUAUGAAUAACCCUCUUCAUAAAGGCCCAACUACUACCGUGAGAGAGACUUUUCAGAAGAAAACACUAUUUAUCACUACGUGCCUUCAUAAGCAACAAGUAGAUGCUACACAGUCAUAAUGGUGCAAGAUUAUGUUAUUUGAGGCCAUUAGAUCACAAAUGUAGUUCUAAAAUGGCAAUGCAUUGUGAAAGCUACAAUGAACAAGUGCAAUACUGCAGGAAUCAAACCAGAAGGGACAAGGAAGAGAAAUGUCAGCAAAUGCUGUAUCUCUGCAAACUACGUUCUAUUCUACAAAGAAAAAGAAUAUCUUGCCUUAAAUGCUGUUCAUAUGGGCAAUCCUGUAAUGCAACAUUGACACCGURAUUUUUAACUCUUAUUUUCCCUUUUUGUCACCCAAUAGGAGUGUUGUUACUUAAGAACAUACAGCAAGGCUAAUUUAAGCACAAAUAAUGUCACUUCUUCCAGAGAGAGGAACAAGAGCUGAGUGUAGUAAAAGUCUACUUACUACAGACCAUAAAUCUGAGUGCCUAGGUGGGAAAAAUGCCACCAUGAACCACUGCAUUAAGUUAGUGGGGGGAGAGGUGGGGAGGGAGACAAGGGUGGGAAGCAGCGAUUUCUUGAGAACAUCCUGCAAUCCCUAACACCACCGUGCGAACACCUGCAGUGCCAAGGGCUGCACAGAACCAGGGCGUUACGUAUGGGCCAUCGGAUUGGUUAGAGAUGGUGUAAAGUGUGUGAGGAUUUUAGAAAUGUACCGUAAGUGAAAAAUGGGUUGAGACUGCAAUAGGAAUUUAAAUGACAAGCAUACACCACAAGUGAUAAGUUUGCAGAUUGGAGGAAGUAGAGAAUGAAGCUGGACUACAACAAAAUUAGUGC